AUGAACUUGGUGGACACUGAGGACUGCUCGUCUCCUCCCUCCUUCCGAAUUGGCCUCAGCAGGGCUCGCCGCAAAAAUCAAAUGUUUGGUGCCUACGAGGAGGCCCUUUCCGUCCCCAUCCGCUAUCUGCGCCAGGCGCCUACGAGUCAACAAUAUCCUGCUCAUUCCCUCCCUCCCAUCCUCGCCUCCGCCAUCACUGAUUGCGACGUCUUAAGCGAAAUGCUUGUUCUCCAUGGCGGCUUCGUGUUGCGUGCAUUCAAAAGGCGACAUCUUGGUGAGUCCGAAAUAGUAUAGCGUUAUGCCGUAUGAUAAUCAAUGUUACAACCCCACCUAAGUAAUCCUUCCUAAUCGGAAACUCCAUUCAGAAUUUCGAUCAACAUUUCAUGAGACCGGUCACGAGAUGUAUCUGCUUUGCAUGCCCCAUUUUUAUGCACUGUGGAUGGAGACCUAUUUGCUGAAAAUUUUAGAAUGACACUUGCGAAAUGAGAUCUAUCGUGCUCCCUCUCUCCCUCUCCCUCUCUCUAACACAGGCGAAAGAACGAAUGAUGUUAUAUAAAUGCGACUGACAGGCAGAGAAGGCCUCGAUGAUGCCGACUAGAUCAGGCAUGAUCGCAGCCGUACCAUGGAGAAGAAGAAGAGUUAGACAUGAGGGUCAGACCUACACACAUUCUGUCAAGCUUGAUGACACGAAAAACAUAUUUUGAUGUGGAGGCGGUUCUCAGACCUGAAUUUAAUCACCAUGAAAAUAUCAGACUGAGCCCCGAAGACGAGACUGAACCUUUAAGAGGUCGUGCUACAUUUGGACACAAGAUUGCAUUUUGCAUCAACCGCGACCGACCUGGUACGCAAACCUACGAGAAGAGACCUGCAUUGGAACAGGACGAAAUACGGUGCCCUCUUAGGAUUGGACAUGUCUUCAUUGAUAUUGCAUCCACAGUUAAAUAGUGUUACAGGUCGAUGCGCCCUGUCCGUCAGGACUAAUUGCACAUGUAUCUGCAUUUAUGCUGUACCAGAUAAUAUUGGGCAUUUUGCAAUUUUAAAAAUCCACCUACAGCUUCUCCUAUCGGAAUCAUUGUAGAGCGUGCAUGUUCAAUCCCCAUGGACUUGGUAGACGCUAAGGACUCCUCGUCUCCUUCCGAAUUGGCCUCAGGGCCCGCCGCAAAAAUCAAAUGUUUGGUGCCUACGAGGAGGCCCAUUCCGUCAGCAUCCGCUAUCUGCGACAGGCGCCUAGGAGGCAAGAAUAUCCUGCUUAUUCCCGUGGGCCCCUCGUCGCCACCAUCACUGAUUACGACGCCUUAA